ACAGACCUAUAUAUCACCUACGAAACGCGGAUACAUCGCGGAAAUAAAAUUUAGAACUUUUCUUCGAAGAAGAAAUUUUCGUUCUAAAAUUAAACGGCUUAAAUGUGUGUUAAAUUUGAGAUUUUUGUGUAUUUUAUAGAAUAGUGGAAUAUAAAAUUGUUUUAUGAUUUUAUAAUGUGAAAUGAUAAGUGCCGACCACCAGUCUAGAAGUGUUAUUGUAAUUUAGUUUUCGACAAUGACUGUCCUUCUCGUGUUUGGACUUUUCGUAGUUAUAGCGACGGCACACAACAUCACCUACUUAGAAGUACCACAAUACGGUGACCCGCGCCGCGAUGGUGACCUCAUAUGCCACUAUGUAAGCGAGAAAGGCGAUCCACCCCUCCAUUCUGUGAAGUGGUAUCGUGACAACAAUGAGAUCUUCCGCUUUACGCCCGGACAACAGCCUCCAACGAGAACCUUCAACACAACAGCCGGGAGUGUGUCACGUGGCGCAUGUAACUUGAACAGCUGUUCCAUCAGUGUGGUUCUACCGAGGAGGUAUAACACAAGGAUAUCCUUUACCUGCGAGGUCUCCACCGAGGGUCCGAGAUUCGCAGUCGUCAAUCAGACGAAGUAUUUAACAGUUGCGGUAACGUUGAAAGAAGAUCCAGUGAUAACAGGAGCUUCAGGGAACGUUCAGCUCGGAGAAGAUGUUUUGCUCAAUUGUUCAACUAAACCAGCCAUGCCGCCUGCGAAUAUCGUGUGGUACGUCGAUGGAAGACCUGAAAAGACGGAACCUUGGAUGAGCGACAACACGGAAGUAUCGUCAGCUGAUGAUUUCGGCUUACGGUCCAGCUGGCGUCCUCUGCGUGUAAGAGUGGCCACAGCCAGAGGCUUCAUCGCAGUCCGUUGUGAAGCCAAUCAACCUACAAGACCGCCUUAUAUGAGAUCUUCAAACGCAACUCUGGUCGUCGCGCGGUCACCGCAUUUGUCUAUGUACACCGCGUCUGGUUCGAGUUCCGCGGGCGUAGCUAUGGUGUUGGCGACGUGCAUCUGCGUACAUAUAUUUUCUAAAUACAGUGCCUUGAGUGAAGUCUAACGAAGUUGGAUAGGAAAUUGGUAAUUGUAUAAACGAAGAGGAUAGUCUUUAGGUAGUUAAUUUUUCCAUCCACUUAAGACACGUAUUUCAAUAAAACAGAU